AUGAUGUCUUCGUCGUCGGCCACAAGAGUGGGUGAGAUCUUCAACGCCGCGGGAAUUGCUUUCACAAAAUUGGGUGAACUGUCGAUGACUUUACACGAAAGUGAGGACACGUCGGGUGCGGCCACCGGUCGCUGGGACUCAGAGGACAUCCAAAUGCUUCAGUCGGCUGUCAAACGGUUUGGCGAAGAGUUGAAUCAGAUAUCGGCGAACAUUAAGAGCAAAACAAUAGCUCAGAUCAAGUCAGGCAUCAAACGCAAGGCCAUCGAAGACAACAACAAAGCCAUAAGUGUGGGCAACGCCGCGAAGAAGCUGGUGACCAGUCCUGUGACCCCAACGGCACUCAAUUCGGCGCCCAAUUCCGUGACCACCGCUUCCGUCACUAUUAAGUCGCCGAAGAUUGUCAACAAAUCGCCGCAAAUUAAUAACAAUGACUCCAAACACGACUCAAACGACAGUCUUUCCGACUCUCUGUCCAACUCUUUAGUGAAGGUCUUUGACUCAUAA